AUGACAGGGAGAACGUCGACGGCUGACCCAUCGCCUGGGUCUGACCACCGCAAUGAGUAUCAAAACACCGCCAACAGAAUUAAGCCUGUCCAUGCGGCAGCAAUCGGUGAAGAAGCCCUUGCGGGAGAGAGCGUGGUGCUUGCCUUGGCCGCCAACGAGGACUUCGGGUGGAUGACCGAUGCCGAUGCAUUGCGCGUCCUGGACGUGGCUGUGUCGGAGGUGCAGACGGACAAUCAGCAGCAAUCACAGCGGGAACGUGCUCAAUGGAUCCGGGAAUGGAUACAGGAGCGACUGCGUUCCGAGGACAUUCCUGCCGAGCCGGUCCCGCUCGUGAGCGACGAGGACAUCAUACUCAAUGGAUCCGGGAUCGAGCAAUCUGUCGACGCCCUGCAGCUAACGUAUCAGAAUUUGCUCGAGUCCGAUGUGCCACCACGCGACUUUGAUACCCAUCUUCUGGUCCUCCACACUCUGCGGACUGAAGCAACCAACAUCCGCACGCACCGUUUGGCUGCCAUCGUCCAGUCCGUCGUGCUGAAAAGCUGCAAGGACGAUCCAUCCAAGUGGCCGCAAUUGUCGAGGAUCUUUGAUGACGACGCCUGGUUCCACUCCGUGAUCGGCCUUGACAAGAAUGAACCGAUGGAGCGGGAAUCGGCACAGCAAAUUUACGACUGUGGCUAUGUGGGUAUGUUAACCACUUUCCUCGAGCAGUGUACCGCCUCGAGUCCGGAUCAAACGGAGCACGACCGGGACUUGGACACGCUCAGAGUGGUCCUCUCCACAGUCGUUGACAUUUCUUCGGCGAUUCCGACUGAACUGCAACAUCAAUUUGUCGACGUUGCCUCGGUAUUCAUCCGCAAAUAUCCAGAGGACUGUCUUGGGCAUGAGGAUGGGCUCUGCUCGGUGCUUUACCGGGCUGUCCAUGAGUAUGACGGAUGGAUCAAGGAUUGGGAUGCAUUGCGCAUCCUGGACGCGGCGGUAUAUGAUCAGCAGGAAUCACACCAGGGCUAUGCUAGAAAGAUCUGCGGACAGAUGCAGAACCGGCUCCGUCCCGAGAACAUUCCAGCCGAUUCUGUCCCACUCGUGAGUGACGGGGAGUGA